ACCCACUUUUACCAAAUGCCCACUCAUACACACGGAAUGCUAACUGAAUCCCAGCUACAGUAUGGAUCUGAGGAAUAUGUGCACCAUGUUUGUAGCAUUAUUGAGAGGGAAUAACAACGUCCCUGAAAUUGGAUGGAAAAACAGAAUGGGCAUGGAGGAGAUGGUGAGGAGCCUGCUACAGAACCAGGACACACUGGAGGGCCCCAGGGUGGAUCCAUUAGACCUCAUGAAGGCCUACAAGGACAAACUCCUGGAGGAGAUGUGGAAACAGCAGAACAGUCUGGAGGGCCCACCGCCCCCCUCGACAGAAAGGAGGCCCAACUCUCCAGGAGCCAGCAGUAGUGGACACGAGGAGGACUACGAUGAAACCAAGCCCAUUCUAGAGCGUCUGCGGGCCCUUGAGGUGGAGAACUCUGCCUUGACGAUGGAGAACGACAACCAGAGGAAGCAGUAUGAACGCUGUCUGGAUGAGGUCGCUAAUCAGGUGGUUCAAGCGCUCCUCACUCAAAAGGACCUGAAGGAGGAGUGUGUGAAGCUGAGAACACGCGUGUUUGACUUGGAGCAGCAGAACCGCUUACUGAACGUUCUGUUCCAGCAGCGGGUCAAAACAUCCACCAACCCCAUCUCUCAGGAGGUCCAGCGGAAAGGGAAGACAAGUGUUCCUGCAGGGAGGUGGCCCAGCCUGCUGAGUCUAACCUGUCCACGCAGUAGCUGCAGCGGCAGUGAGGCCUCAUUAUCCAGCGCCUCUACUGAGUACUCCAGUGGCUCACACACUUGGGCAGAAGGACAUCGCUCCUCCAAGCAGUCUGCGAUAAGCCGGGAGAAAAGGAUGAGCGCAGGGUCAGUGUCCAGUAAUCACUCUGUCCCAGCAGAGCAACCAGAUCUAAGCUGGAAGGAGGGCCACAUUCUGAAGGGCCUGAAGAGGCUCCAAAUGCGCAGCCCAGCUCCCAAGGAGACAUCUUCACUCGUCUCUAAGUCACAUUUCAAGGACUGCAUGACCUCCAAUGAGGCCAUAUACUCUCUAGGGGUAAAGGGUGGGCCCCAGGGGGUAGUGCCCAAAUUGGCAUUGGCAAAGGGAAAGCCUUUCAAGCCAGGAGCAGGAGUCUGUACCUUAAUCUCUGACUCAGACGAUGCAGAUGAUGAAUCGCCUCAAUCCCCAGCCAGGGAGUCCUGUGACCAACCCAUUAAAGAGACUCUCCAACUGGAAGGAGAGCCUCCGUCUGAAUUGGGAACGGCACAAGGGGGAAAGAGCUCUACGGACUACAACUCCCAAGAGGAGCCUGUAAGACUCGUAAGAAGUCCCAGCAACUCCUUCUCACCUAUCAAAGAUGUCUUCUUGCACGAGGGUCCCACACUGAAGCCUGGACUCAGCCCAACGGCGAGCCCUACCACUAUGAGUGGACUUGAGAGUAAAAACUGGAUAGAAAAAGACAAGCGGUCUGCCUUUACAGAGUGGAACAUUAGGGAGAGUUACAAUUUGAGGCCAGAGAGUGUUAAACAGCCACAAAAUAAAGUUACGGUCAAACAUCUAGAGGCACGGGCUAAGGAAGUGAGUCUACCCAUUCGGUGUGUAGCAGCCAGAGCUCUGAGUUGGGUUAGUGAGGCCAGACAGCGCAGUGCUUCCAUGGAUACAAAGCAGUACAGAGAGCCGAACAGCCAGGGUGGAGUUGAUACCAAGGACUACACCAUUUUGGAGUCCCGACAGAGGAAAACAAAGCCUAAGGCCUGCGACUCAGCAAGGAAGGCCUUUAUCCUCCGAAGCAAGAGUGCGGACGGAGGUCCAGACCAGGCCAAGCUGCAUCAGCCCCUACAUCAGAAACUUAUAAAAGUCAAUCAAAGGGCCAAUAACCGCUCAAACCCUCCUGGGCCCAGAGGCACUCGCACAAAGAUUAACCUCAGCAAGGCACCAGGUCCAGCUAAGGCAUCAGUACAAAUUGCUGAGAAAGGUGAGACUGCUACUGGUGCAAGAACUUCAGCGCCCCUUGAGAGUACAGUACAGGGCUCCCCCUCUUCUUCCCCUCAGAAACUGGUCAAAGUAUUUGAGCCACCUGUGCUGAAUGAUUGCCCCAAGAGCGCAUCUAAAGUAUCCCAAACAGUAUCCAAACUCCCAUCAAGAAACGACUGUUGGGUAAAAGGCCCCAACUCCAAAAAUUCAGCUGGCUCUCCACUUAAACAGAGGCAGCAAGACCAGCACUCGGAUUCCCCUUGCAAUGAUAUCAGGUCCCCUUCACCUCCACUCCCACCAGGUCGGACCACCUCCCUACUGAUUCAAACUGGUUAUGACUCCUUACCUCAGGCGCAUAAGCCUGUGGUUCAGCCCCAAACCUCUAGCACCGUGAAGGCAACCGCUCGUAGCAUCAAACCUCAGUCAAGUCAUCAUUCAUCUGUUUUACUAAUGCAACCUCAAGCCCCCAACAAAAUGCAAGACACUCGUCAUAUGGCUCCCAAAAUGGGUGUUGAGGUGAAAAAGUCACCGAAACGGGUCCCUGCCAAAGUCUACCAUCCCUUACCAACUUCUACCCCUAUUCAAGAAUCCAAGGAAACAGACUCGUCCCAAUCCUCAAUGAGCAGGACUGUGGCACAAGCCUCCCAUCAGCAAAAUAGUGUCCCCUUUGUGGUGCCAAAUCAGGACAGCUUACCUGUGUCCCAGCAAGGCAAUGGUGAGCCACAAAGUACAGAGCCCUUACCUCAGGCCUCAGCAUCUCUUCUUUGCCAUGACAUAGUUAGUAACUCUCAACAUUCUGUGACCAGGGCAGUAAAUGCAUCCCUUCCUGUUGGCUCCAAAACCAAUGAGACAACCCCAAAGCUGGGCAACAACUUUGCAGUUAUCACGGCUACAAAGGGAGUGCAGACUUUUGACACCUCCAACCAGGACACCCACACACGUCCAAUGAUGCACUGUGUCAAUGCAGCUGUAGCCAAGGCCAAAGCCAGGAGAAAGCUUGAGACCCGCUGUAGCUCACUAGAGGAGCCUGCGCUCCCACCUCCAGUGGCAGAAAAUGGUGUAACUUUGGACUGGGGAUUUGAUGAAGAGAGCUGGCUAUUCAAGCGCUCGGUCUCAGUCUCGACCCGGCAUCCUCUCCAUCCGGUUAUGGGCAUGAACGGAGCAAAGGCACGCAGUCAAAGCUUCGGGGCACGCUACAUGGACAGACCGAACAUCAGCAGGUCUGGAAAAGUCCGUACUCACAUAAAAACUAACUCAGGAAGCUCUUUGAAUUCUCUUGGUGAUGUAUUUCGGGGUAGUAUGAGUUGCUCCAAUAGCUACCAUUGUCCAAUGAACAGAUCCCACAUCAACAAAUUCAUGAUUGAGGAAGACUUGCCAAUACCUCUGCAUCUGGAGGCUUCCAGUGAUCAAUUUGGUCUCAAACACCAGAGGGUAAACUCAUUAUCACAUCUCCAGACUGAGAAACAGUAUCCUAGCACCUUUUGUGAACGCAUCCAUGGGGAACAAGAGAGACAGUCAACAAUCUCCACCAUUGAGGAGAAGGUCAUGAUGGGAAUCGAGGAGAAUUUGCAGAAAUCUCAGCAGCAGGAGAAGACAACUGAAACUAAGCAGAAAUCCGGUUCACUGGCAAACUGGUUUGGAUUCCGCAAGAGCAAGCUCCCUGCUCCGAGAGGUAAAAAAGGAGAUUCUCCAAAGGGAAAGGAGGAGAAGAAGGAACCAAAGCUUGGAUCUCUCUUGGGUGGGAAGCAGGCAAAGUCCGACAAAAUGAAGGAGAGGAGGAAAAGUGAAGGUCAUCGAAUGGAUGGCUCGGUUGGGAAAAGAGACUCCAAAGAUGCAUUGCUCCUCUGCCUUUCGAUGGCCUCCCAGGGAGCCCCAAGUAACAGCAACAUGCAAGGACAAACCGCCAUCUGUGGGGACACAAAGACAAAAACACAGAGGAUGAACAGGGCUGAUAACGACAAAGGAGCUACAUUGAAGAGCCCCAGUGAAGAUCACUUGAUUGCAGUUAGAAUGACAUGAUCAUGAAAAGACUGACAAGGACAACUGCUAAGAAACCAUCAGCAACUAAAUUAUGGAACAAAAUGAGCAGCAUCGAGGGAAGAGAGAGAGAGGGCAAUCAGCAGGCAUGUAACCUACAGGGAGAUGCAUGAUUACAAUGGCUCAUGGCGGGUCAGACAAAAGCACUAUACCAACCUUUAGGAAUAGAACUGCCCAUGAAAACGUGUCACGGCAACAUAUGAAUGCUAGAAGCCUGAAAGUUGCCCAUUUCUGUCUGAUGAGUUUCUGUCCACAUUGUUCAAAUCAGCAAGCCAUUGAUUUACAGUCACAGGCAAUUAUUAUCAUCAUUGGACUUUGUGUUUGGUUUGCUGUACUUGACACACAUUAGCCUCUUUAGUAGCUUUACCAGUUAGCUCACACAUAGGUACUGUGCUGUAAUUUCUAAUUGCUCCUUAUCUUAUCAACUUAAUUGUAGAUGGAUGGCGUGGGAAAAACACCACAAUGAUGUUCUCUCCUUCGGGAGUUCUAUGAAAGGGAUAGUUCACCCAAUUUACAAAAUAACAUAUUGAUUUCCUUACCCUGUAAGCAGUCUUUGGACAAAGUAAGACAGCAAUUCAUGCUUUGGUUUUACUUACAGGGUAAGGUAAGCAAUAUGUAAUUUAGUCAUUUGGGAGAACUAUCCCUUUAACAAUUUGCAACACAAUACUGACUAGCUAGGUUCCAUGCUGGGCAAUAGACAGUUGGGUUGUUUAGCAACAAAACCGAUGCGUGCGCAACUUUGGGGCAAAACAACUGUAAACUCCAAAGGAUUAUUGACAACAUGUGAACUAUAUUUAGUCUCCGAAUGUUUAUUGAAAACAUACUUUUUCACAAUAAGCACUUGUUGCUGUCUCUCAAAUAGAUAAUUACAGUUGUUGGUUAGCUAGCUAGCAAAUUUUUGCCAUAUAAGCAUAGACAUAAGUCAAGCACCUCAAAACAAGACAUGGUAUCAAGAACAAGAUACAACUAGCUGAAACAAACCACCUUUGAUUCCCCACAUGGCAGAUUUUUGUAAUUGUUGCUAGCUAUCUGACCAUUCAGAAUCAUAACACAUGUUCUUCUGCCCCAUCGAUGCGGAGGCAUAAUUUUCAUGACGUUGUCAGGCAACCCGAUCUAUACGUACUGUCAACUGACACUCAAAAUCAGUGCGCAACAAACAUAACUUCAAGGCUGUCUGACUGGCUAAUAAGCUAUCAAUCACAGAAGUAUAGUAUAGGCGGGAUCUCCACUCAUAACAGGGUCGUUCCACCUCAAAAAUCACAAGAAAGAAGAUUGACACCCACCAUCUCAGAUUG